GCUGCACAGGGUGUCACAUUGGGGGGGUCAGCGUGAUGCUUGUAAGUUGAACAGAAAGGUUCUUUCGGAUUUAGAUAUCAUUGUAUUGUCGGUUAUGUCCAGUUUUACGAAAGCGGCACAGCAAUGGGCCACAUUUGCCAGAUCAUGGUACUUAAUUGAUGCCAAGAUGCAGCCACCAGGAAAAAUUGCCACCAUGUGUGCAAUAAGACUACAAGGAAAGCAUAAACCAAUAUACCAUGCACUGAGUGACUGUGGAGACCAUGUGGUGGUGAUGAACACACGACACAUUGCAUUCUCAGGGAAUAAAUGGGAACAGAAAGUAUACUCCUCCCACACUGGUUAUCCAGGUGGAUUUAAACAAAUGACAGCAGCACAGCUUCACCAGAAGGACCCCACAGCAAUAAUCAAGCUUGCAGUCUAUGGCAUGCUCCCUCGCAAUCUAAGCAGAAGAACCAUGAUGCAAAGGUUACAACUCUUCCCAGAUGAUGUCAUACCUGAAGAAAUUCUUAACAACUUAACAGAAGAACUUCCUCAGCCCAGAAACGUACCCAGAAGACUGAAUGAAUACACACAAGAGGAGAUUGAAGCCUUCCCCAGUCUAUGGACUCCGUAAGUGUUAGGCCUGAAGACUUCAAAAUGAAAUAAUGCACAAGCCACAACUCUACUCCCAGAAAUUGAGGAUGACUACUGUAUUUAGCAAAGAAUUGUAAAUCUGUCAUAGAAAAGGUGAUUUAAUUACAUUUAAUGACAUUGACUUUUAUGACCAUGAAAUAAACCAUGUUACUUCUCCAUA